GAGGCGGCGUGGAGCGCGGGGUCGCGCCGCUCUCGCCGCGGUGGGACCGCGGGGUGGGCUCUGCCCCCCGACGCGUUCGCUGAGCGGGAGGGCCCCCGGGCGCGGACUUCAGCAGAGGCUGGCGUUAGGCUGCUGACGCCGCGAAGCUGGACGGAAAGCACGUCCGCGGUGCCGCUCAGGCCGCCUGGCCCGUUCCGCACGCCUCGCUGGGGAGGUGUGAAGGGAAAAAAAUGACACUUCAAUGGACGGCAGUUGCAACUUUUCUUUACGCUGAAAUAGGACUCAUUUUAAUCUUCUGUCUACCUUUUAUUCCUCCUCAGAGAUGGCAGAAGAUUUUUUCAUUUAGCGUCUGGGGUAAAAUUGCAACUUUCUGGAACAAGGCUUUCCUUACUAUUAUAGUCCUAUUGAUUGUUCUGUUUCUAGAUGCUGUGAGAGAAGUAAGAAAAUAUUCCUCAACUCAUGCCAUUGAAAGGAGCUCAGCCAGCAGACCUGCUGCCUAUGAACAUACACAGAUGAAACUUUUUAGGUCUCAAAGAAAUCUUUACAUUACUGGAUUUUCAUUAUUUUUCUGGCUAGUGUUGAGACGUCUGGUUACCCUUAUUACUCAGCUGGCAAAAGAGCUGUCAAACAAAGGAGUACUUAAAGUUCAAGCAGAAAAUACUAACCAGGCUGCCAAAAAAUUCAUGGAAGAGAAUGAAAGACUAAAACGGCUCUUGAAAAACCAUGGCAAGGAAGAAGAACACAUUUUGGAAGCGGAAAAUAAAAAACUAGCAGAAGAUAAGGAAAAACUGAAAAUUGAAUUAAAGCAGGCUUCAAAUGCCCUUUCUAAGGCACAAAAUGACAUGACGAUGAUGAAGAUGCAAUCAGAGAGACUUUCGAAAGAAUAUGACCGGCUCCUGAAAGAACACUCAGAACUUCAGGAUCGUGCAGGGAAAGGCAAUAAGAAAGGCCUGUGAACUUUAUGAAAGAAGACUGUGAUACACCAUGUCAAGAGGAUAAAUUUGUUAUCAUGUUAGCCUCUAGAAAACUUAAAGUUCAGUUCAGAAAAACAUACUGUCUAUGACCAGCCAAUAUUUUUUUUAAUGCCACACACAUAGGCUAUUGUCAUAAUGGCAUUAUCACAAUAUUUGAUGAUGUUUCAGAUAUAUUGUAAAGUCUGUAUUCUAGCUCUCAAGUGAAAUAUAAGCAUGUUAAACACCUUAUCUAGAUACUGGUAGUAACACUGGUGUAUGGUGGCUGUUUACCAAUAAAAGGAGAAAUUCAUUAGCCACUUACUUCCAAACUUAGAUUUUUAAGUUGCAUGAAACCAUUAAAUAGCCUUAAAAGCUUUGAUGAAUUUCCAGUAAGAAUACUACUCUUACUUAAUCAGACGAUGGUGUAUUUGAAAAUAGUAUUCAGUAUCAGCAAGUUUGUUCAUAGGGAGAUUAACUAAGGAUAAAUGAUUAGAAGUAGCUACUAUAUUUAUAGGGAAGAGUCAGAAAGAGCAAAAAAUAAAAACAAUGACCUUAAGUUUUAUUUUUUUAAGCCUGAUGGUACUGCAGUUGACUGUCAUAAGACAACUAUAUUGAUAAUUAUAUUUUCGUUACUGUGCUUCUGCACCUAUUGGGGAUUAUUUUUGUUGACAUUUGUGUUACUAACACAUAACUAGUAAAGAUUCUGCUUUUUUAAAGCUCAUCUGGGAACGGAGUUUACAUCUAUUUGCAUAACUGCCACAGCACUGAACUGAAAUUAUUUUACAGCAACGUGGAAUUCUUGACUUGGAAAUGUAUAAUGUAUCCAAAAAGCAGUGUUUCCCAUUGCUGCGAGAGUUGCUAAUUAUACAAAUAUUACCUCAAAUAUACACACAGUGGCGUCACAGUUUUGCCAAGAUGUUUCUGUAUUCUGCAAGCUAAAUAUUAAAUACUGUUUUUCCAUUCAAAUAUUCAUUUAGUUUCCUUUAGGAGAGGAUGAUUGUAUAUUAAUGCGAUUUAGGUUGUUCCAGUGUUUAGACUUGAAAAACCAUCUUCCUUGUCUCAUAAAGACCUAAAUAUAAAAGAAAAUGGAAAAUAACUACUGGAGUUUUUACUUUUCUG